AGAAUUGCUCAAUAAUUUCCCAUAGCCGAGUAACGUUAGUAAAACACUUUUGCAACGAAUCACAAAUUGUAGUAUAAGUUACAAAAUCGGCAUAAUCUGAAGCGGAAUAACACCAAAAAAACAAAUAGAACAGAACAGUAAAAAAAAGCAUUUGAAUAUCGUGUGUGAGCCCUGCACUAGGAAGAGUACAAAAGAAGAUCGAAAAUGUUGGCACAUUUGUUGCGUGGCUGCCAGCGUGUGGGCUGGCGCCCAAUGGCACAGCGCUAUUACUGCUUAGAUCUGGUCUACAAGGAUGACUACGUUGAGAAGUUGCGGCAUAGCUACUACGCGGAGGAGCGCAGCAAUAUUUUGUUGCCCACAUACAAGAAGGCCAUGCUCUAUCCGGACGAUCUGGCCAUUAGGGAUAACGUGGGGGAGUACACCUACUUCCAGCUGUAUAUGGCAGCCAAGCGACUGUCCAUACAGAUAUCCAAUAUAUGCGGCAGCGGCGCUUCGGCGCCCGUGGGAUUUUUCUGUGCCAACAAUGCAAUGUGGAUUGUGAUGCUGUGGAGCUGCUGGAUGUCCGGCCAGGUGGCAGUGCCACUUCGUACACGCCCAUGUCUGAAACUGUUGCGUCUGCAGGCGAUCGAUUGUCAGGCAAAUCUAUUGAUUGGCACACCCGAAAACGCCAGCAUUAUCGAGGAACUAGCGAAGGAUCUGAAAGCAGCUACCAUUAUGCUGAACCAUGACUUUGUGCCGCCCAUGAAGGAGAUCUCCUCGACAACGACGUACGCCCAGCAGCUGGUAAUCACCGAAGAUUCGGGCGUACUGAUGCCUGAGGCCAUGCUGCCCAAUGACUUCUACGAGAACAGCAUGGCCAUGAUGCUGUACACGUCCAGCGAGACGCAAGCCCCCAAGCCGGUGAUGCUCACCCAUCGCAAUGUCGAUGCCCAGAUCCGUUGCCUGAUCGACACCUGGCGCCUGGGGCCCAACGACACGCUGCUGCCCGUUCUGCCGAUGCUGCACAUGCACAUUGCCAUUGGGGCAGUGCUGCAUGUGGGCGGCAAUGUGGUGCUCCAGGGUGGCUUCAACACCAGCAGCAUCUGGAACUCACUGCUGGGCGUCAAUCUGUCGACCAAGAAGCGCUGCACCUGCUUCCUGGCCAUGCCCAUCGUGUACAAGCAAAUGAUUGCCGAAUACGAAAAGAUGUUCCUCAAGGACACGCGCAUGGUGGAGUACAUCAAGAAGCACUGCAGCGAGAAAAUGCGCAUAAUGGCCACCGGCUUUGCCAUGCUGCCCGAUUCGGUAUUCGAGAGCUGGCGCGAUAUUACCGGCCAUCACAUCCUCGAGUACUACGGCAUGCUGGAGACGGGCUUCGUUCUGGGCCAUGCCAUCGAGGAGGCUCCCAAGGAGCUGCCCAAAGUGGCUAACCCAAAACGUGUGCCCAAACCACCGCCCAAAUCGUUUCCACCCAACUACAAGACGGGCACGCUGGGCAACCCACUCCAGGGGGUCACUGCCCGCCUGAUGAGCGCCACGGGCAAGGAGAUUUUCAAGUGCCAAAACCAUGUCGGUGGUGCCAUCAAAACGGGGCCCCUGAGCGAUGCCUCCGAAAUUCCAGUCCCGAAUUUUGAUCCCAACAAAGCCGUGGCCAUUGGACUGCUCGAGAUUGCCUGCAAGCAUCUGCCGCUUGUGCCGCUCCCAGCCGGAAAGCAGUGUGCGGAAGUGGCGGAGAGCUUCGUACCCACCGGCGACAUCUGCGCCUUUUACAAUGACAACUUCUACUUCAUUAGCAAGGCGUGCGAUGUGAUAACCGUCGGCGGUCUCAAGCUCAACGGCUCCGAGGUGAAGAAGGUGCUGCUCUCGCAUCCGAAAAUCAACGAUGUGGCCGUGCUGGCCAUCCCGAAUACGGUGUGGGGCAAUCGGCUCUGUGUCAUUUGCAUUGUCUCGCCCAAUGUGGACAUUGAGUUGGAGUCCAUCGAGACCUAUUGCCGGGAGCACUUGCCAUCCUACAAGUGUCCUCAGGUCGUAAAGGUGGUCAUUGCCAAGUAGUGGGCUCGGACAUUUCGGACUCCUUCGGGAGCCAAGCCAUUUCCCAAUAAGGAAAUGUCAGGCAUUGCCACGACAUGCAAUGAUCUCUUGUUGAACUUUUAAUUUGAUUUUGAGAUUGUGCUAAAGUCAAAGCAUUAAAAAUUUCUAUUAAAUCACAUUACUACUGA